UAAGGUGCAUCGGUGCCGAGGGUUGACGUUUGCCUGAAGUCGUCUCGAGCCGCCGGAGCCGUCGCCACGCUCGCUGGACCUCUGCAUGAUUGGGAUUGAUUAGGGGGGUCACAAAGAGAACGAGCUGCGAGGCCUCGACAGAAAAAUCACACCGGCGCAAACAUGAGAGACCGACUGGGACACCUGCAGGAGGCCCAGACUGACCCUGAAGGCUUCAGCGCCGUGGACCUGAACGGCCGCUCAGAGCACGAAGACUCCAACCCGGAUCUGGACGGGAUCUUGCAGCAGGCCCAGCGGAUCCGUCUGGAGAUCCAGCAGAUCCAGAACGACAUCGGCGAGCUGAAGGAAGUCAAUUUCCAGACGUUAAACAAGACUUCCUUUCCCGAUGUCACGAAGCGAGACGCCAACGCAAUCGGGAUGGACGUCAAGCGCAGAGGGGAAGCCGUGUUGCGGCAGCUGCACGCGAUGAACGACCUCCGGGGUCAGCUGGAGGAGCAGCGGGGCUCCUCUGACCCCGCGGCCCGCGUCGCUCGGACCCAGUACCGCUACCUGAGCGCCGCGCUGCGGGAGGUCAUGGUCAGCUACAACGAGGCCGAGAUGAGCCACAGCGAGGCCUGCAGGCGCCACAUCCAGCGGCAGAUGGAGGUGGCGGGGAGAGAGGUCAGUGAGGCGGAGCUCGAGGAGAUGAUGGAGGGAGAGGAGCCGCGCGUGUUCAGCGUCCAGGUGGGGGGCCAGACCGCCCGCUCGGCCCUGGUGAGCAUCGAGAGCAGGCACCGCGAGCUGCAGGAGCUGGAGAGGAGGAUCGAGGGGAUCCAGGAGCUCUUCUUGGACGUGGCCGUGCUGGUGGAGGAGCAGGGGGCCGGGGUGGAGAGCAUCGAGAGGAACGUCCAGAACGCCGAGGUGACCGUCCAGGAGGCCACAUUCAAGCUGGAGAGAGCCCUCGCGUCGGAUAAAAACAACCCCUUCAAGAAGAUGUUCUGCGGCUGUUUUCCGUGUUACAAAACAAUGCCCUGAUUGGCGUUGAGGAAAGAACGGCUCUGGUCGUGUCGGCGCUAAUUUUGCACACAGAAAAGAUAAGCAGCAUGUCCAAAAGCCCAGAUGAUAGGAAGUAUAAGAACAAACUUCUGUGUCAGACACCAAAGAAUGAUACUGAAAAUCUACUCCCACAAUGCAUGCAUAAAUAAUAAGAGACGUUUUACCAACUUCUUCAAAAUCAUGGUUUUAAAGCUAUGUUGCAGAGCCUGGAUGCUGUUGUCUAGGCUUUGCAAGCUUCUCAUAUUUAAAGUUAAUUUUUGUGUUGUUAUAGUUAUCUAUUUAAACAAAUAUAUGAAGCAAGAGAAUGUGCAGCUGUUACUCAGGAACCAGAUGGUUGUCGAGUCAAAGACAUGAAGAUGUUUUGCUGUAAAAUUUGCAUAUAAACCUCUGGAGAAAAAGAAAGAAAAAAGACCUUAUGCAGGUGCUGUUUGAAGUUGGUAAUAGUAUUCAAAUCAACUCAAUUACAUUUAAAAAAAACUUGGUUUAUCCCAAAUGAAAAUGAAAUGUAACUCAAAAUCAUCCAAGCGUCGUUAAACAGUAGUGACCUCUGUUGCGUUUGCAAACCUGCCUCGAGUAGCACAGCUCGGUAGGAAAGGGACAAAACCAAAACAGCAAGAAAUACUGAGGAAACGUCAGCCUCUGAAUACGAAGACAUUUUUAAUUCUGAAAGACAAACAAGCGCUUGCUGUAAAUGUAAAUUAUCAGAAUCUGUGGAGGAAAUAUUUCUACUUGUUUUUAUGUGGGACACUUUGUUCUAUUUGAGCUAAUAUUAAUGUUGUGCCGCUUUCAAUUUCCAUGCCUUUGACACUAAUACUUUUAUGCAAAGAUAUGACGUAUGUUGCAAUGAAAAACACUAUGAUUAGCUAAGCAGAUCAAUAAAUAAAAUUUUUUUAAAAAAGAUACAAGAAA